AUGGAGGCAACAGAGGAGUAUGACAUAAUCAAGAAAACAGUUUAUAGGCUGUGGAAGAAAGCAAAACAGCAGAUGCAAAUGGGAGAACCUGCAAUCAUGGAAGGCAAGAUUAAAGGCUAUAAUCAUUCAGACAAGUUAAUUCUAGAUGAAGAAAAGGUCGGAAUUUUAUCCACACUUGAAAGGUCUUCAAUUAGAAAAAUUGCACACAAAUUGUCUGUUAGCAAAAGCACACUUGGUAGAGUUCAGUUUGAAAGCAUGCACAAUGUUGUGCAUGUUGAUGAAAAAUGGUUCUAUAUGACCAAGUCAUCAGACAGGUAUUACCUCUUGCCGGAUGAGGAUGAGCCAUAUAGGGCAUGCAAGUCAAAGAGGUUCAUCACCAAAGUGAUGUUCAUGUGUGUUGUAAGUAGGCCUGUGUUUGGCUUGGAUGGCCAAACCAAAUUUGAUGGAAAGUUGGGCAUUUUCCCUUUUACAGAAGUGGUUGCAGCAAAAAGGAAAUCCAAGAAUAGGCUUAAAAGCACACUUGAGACUAAACCAAUCCAGUCAGUCAAUAAGAGUGUGAUGAGGGACUCCAUUAUCCACAGGAUUGUACCAGCAAUUAAGGCCAAGUGGCCUGAGUGGGCAAGCAAAGAGAUCUACAUCCAGCAAGACAAUGCCACACCCCACAUAAAUGGCUUGGAUACUGAAUUUGAGGCUGUUGCCAAAUCAGAUGGAUUUAAAAUCCAUCUGAAUUGUCAACCACUCAAUUCACCUGACACCAACAUUUUAGACCUAGGAUUUUUCAGGGCUAUUCAAACACUGCAGCAUGAGAAACCAUACAAUAGUGUUGACACAUUGUUGGAGAAUGUGUGUAGCUCUUAUGCAGAGUUGUCACCACAAACCCUAAACAGGGUAUUCCUCUCAUUGCAGGCUUGCCUCACACAGAUCAUGGCAUUUAGGGGUGGGAACAAUUACAAGGUCCCUCACAUUAACAAGGACAAUUGGAAAGAACUGUGGGACUACCCAAUGCACUGGAUGUGGAUGAGGAGCUUGUGA